CACGCUCGGUGCGGGAUUGCUCGGUCGGCUCGGACGCGCGAGCUGAUAAAAUGAGUUUAUUUAAACUUGCGAACGCAGCUGUCCCGCGAAAGGCAUUUUUGAUCGGAAGCUGCGUGAUUGUGGGUAUGGCGACGUGCUUAACGUUGCGCUACUAUUGGAAACGAAGAUCCCGAAAGUACCAUGGAAGCGUCGAGAAAACGUCCGCAGAUGGAGGUAAAAGAAUCCUUGUCUUGGGGCUGGACGGUGCUGGCAAAAGUAGCCUCUUAUUGCAAUUGUCAAGACCAGAUGGGACUUCGGCACGAACGCAGCGUACUGAAGGCUUCAACGUGGUCAGCAUUAACUCUGAGAACUUUUGGGAAUUGGGUGGUUCGGCAACAAUGCGACCGUACUGGCCCAACUUUUUUCCUGGUACAAGUGUUCUUGUGUACAUGGUGAACUCUGCUGAUGGCCAGCGACUACGCUCUUCUGCUCAUGAGUUCCACAAAAUCUUGGAAGAUGAGCGGCUGAAAAAUGUGCCCAUUCUUGUACUUGCCAAUAAACAGGAUCUACCGGGAGCUAAAAGUGUCGAAGAUAUAUCCACUGCACUUGGGCUAGAUGAAUUGAAGCAGCUCAACUUCGAUGUUCACAUUAUGCCUCUGCAGAUGCCACCAGACUCAAGUUGCCGAAGCACUGCUGCUGAAGCAAAGCACAAAAUUCUUCAGUUGUCACGAGGAUGCAGUCGUACCUUGUCACUGUAAAUCUUGGCACAUGGUAGACAACAUAGCCUAACUUAUUCCCACUUAAUGGUGGCAGAGUGCACAGUACAGCUAGAUCUGAAGAGUUUGCAGUCGGCUCUGCUUUUGCCAGCUAAGGACGAUACGGUGCAGUCAGGUCACUGGCCACAAUGUGAUGGUUUAAUCUAGAGUACAAAUGGUGCAGGCAGCUUCAGCUGAGUAGAGUACUGGUUAUACAAUCUACUUGCCAGCUGUUGUAUGAAGCAGAGACCGUGACUUGCAAAAACAUAGCCCCUCAAUUUCCCAUGUUUAUAACCAAGUUCACUGCAAUGGGCUUGUGAUUGGAAAUUCAUGUAAGCACCAGCUAUGUAGUUGAAAUUAUUUUUCUAUCAUUCCACUUUUUGUAUGCAAGUAAUGUUUGUUUGAACUUGUGUUUACAAAUGGCAGCUUUGCAAAGAAACUGAAGGUGCCAGUUAACGUAUAUUUGGCCCAAGUUUACUUAACUGUGUUGAGUACUUUGUAAUAAAUAUCUUGGGUCUGAAACGUAUCCAUUGUGUUCAUGAUUUGGUGCAUGGGGUUAUGAAACACCAGUAUGUUUAGGCCAUCAGGAUGUCCAUGCUGCAUGAGCAAUGUUAGUCUUCCUUUGUCCAGAGGUUAUCUAUCAGCUCUGUAAAGCUUGAAGACAAUGCAACCAGCAAUGUUUAUUAAAAGAUGGCAC